AUGCAGCAGAUACUCGACGUACGUACUCACUCACUCGCACUGACACUCGCCCGCCGCAACGCCGCCACCGCCAUGCAGCAGAUACUCGACGUACGUACUCACUCACUCGCACUGACACUCGCCCGCCUCAACGCCGCCACCGCCAUGCAGCAGAUACUCGACGUACGUACUCACUCGCUCACUCGCACUGACACUCGCCCGCCUCAACGCCGCCACCGCCAUGCAGCAGAUACUCGACGUACGUACUCACUCACUCGCACUGACACUCGCCCGCCUCAACGCCGCCACCGCCAUGCAGCAGAUACUCGACGUACGUACUCACUCACUCGCACUGACACUCGCCCGCCUCAACGCCGCCACCGCCAUGCAGCAGAUACUCGACGUACGUACUCACUCGCUCACUCGCACUGA